GCGGGUGUCGCCAAAUCCUUGGUUCUCUACCCUGUUCUAGAUCUUUCUUUCUGGACGUUGUGACCUGCUAACAUUCUGUCUAUGCUUCUCUCCACAUGCAGCCGGGUUUGAGUCUUCCACACAGGGAGGAUAGGAUUCUUUCUGACAUCAAUGUGAGUUGUUCGGCCUAUAUGAAUUACUCAUCCUCUCUGUCUUCGAUAUGCCCAGGGCUCGGGUUUUGUUUUUUCUUUAGAUAUUAGGCCAGAGAGUGGGUGUACUGGCCUGAUUAUUUCUAGUCAAAAAAAAAAUAGAAAGAACAAAGAAAAAGAAAAACCAUGGAUCUUGCUCAAUCUUUAUGCGUGCAGGCCCCCACCGCCAACGCACGAUACAUUCUCCAGGAAGCGCUGAGAAACAUGACCGAGGUGGCUCAGCUCGAAGUAAUCACCGAGAUCUUCACGGCGAGCAAGGCGUUUGACGAGGGCAUCUGCGAGCUCGUCGACGCGGCCUGGACGCACCUGUGCAAGAACAAUCUCUGGUCCUUCAAGUACGAGUCCAUAGAGCGGUACCGGAAGCUGAUCUGCUACCAAGAAAUUGUGGAGCCGAUCAUCAAACGCUUCAGACGAUCCGACAGAGCCAAGCUGAUGAGCCUGUCCACGAUUGAGCGAAGUUGGCAACGACCCCUGGAGCAAAUCUUGCCGGAGGUGCUGAGACCCCAGGCAUGGAGCAAGCACAUGCUCUCUGUUCUGGCGCAGCUAAGCACCCACUGCAGCCUGGAGCAUGCGGUGGCUUUGUUGCAGGAUAGUAUCGAUCAACGGCCACCAAGAUCCCGCCAUACCCAGACCCUGAUAGCCAGCGAUGUGCAGCGGGCCCUCAAGAAACUAAGGGGCAGUAGGGGUGGUGGUGGUAGCGCAGAAACUAAAAGAAACGAAAUUGUGUUUCACUCCCCGACUCCGUCGCAUACAGAACCCGAUAUAUCAAAUUCCCCCGCAGCGGACGGUGAAUGCCGAACCCGGUCCACAUCCAACUCCUCGAACGCCUCCGCUCCGAGUAACACUCCCAGUGAGGGAAUCAAUAGGGAUAUCAAUCUCGCCGGACUCUACCCCGCCACGGAGUCUCUAGAGUGUGGAUGCCUACCGAUCUGUCUCCCGCUAGUUAUCUUAUUUGGGGGAAACACGCCCCUCAUGACACAGGGGGUGAUGGUGAAGCUAUACGCCUGGGCGCGAAACGUGUCGUGGUCCAGCAUCUGUCUCCUACACCUGAGAAGCCUGGCAAGUCUCGAUCUCGGAGAUAUUGCCUUUCUCUGGUCCCAGGAAGAGAUUAUCGCGCAUGUUGAAAAGAUUCUUUUACAUGGCCCGACAGAUAUAACGGGUGUGGGCGUAAUAUUGAAUAAAUUUUCAUCUUCUGAGUUGGCUUUGUGUAUGUAGUUGCUGGCUCUCUUUUUGCCAUCUUUGUUUCUUCUUGAUGUGUCUUUUCUUGGUUUUAUUUUCGUGUGAUGUAUCUGUAUCUCUGGAUUAUCACGCGGGGCAAAGAAGAGAGAAUAUCAAGGCUCUGAUUUGUAAUUGUAGUCUUGUGCGGGAUG